AAGAGGAGCAAAGCAUAAAUAGCAUCGAGCGAGAGACACUGUUCUUCUCAUUCGCAAAUUCGUUGACCAAAUUUGAUAGAAGCAGCAAUAGCGAUGAUGAAUCUUAGGGUUUUGUUCCUCGCUCUCCUUCUACUCGCAUCUCCUCUGCUUCAAGUUGCUAGAUGUCAAUCGGAUGCCGAGGAUCAUUCCAGUCUUGUUGACGAUAUUAUCGGAGAACACAGUGAUGAUUCCGUUGAGGAAGAUGACCAGGAUUUGGAUAUGAACUUGACCUCAGCUCCAGGAGUUGAGACAGUUUGUGUUUUCCCCAAAAACAGUGCCAAACUGGUACCAGCUGGAGAAGAGACUGAGCUUCUUGUUGGUUUGAAGAAUGAUGGCAAAACUAGCGUAGGUGUUAUGGGAAUUAGAGCCAGUGUUCAUCUUCCUUAUGACCAUAAGUUGUUGGUUCAGAAUCUAACCAUGCUGAGAUUCAACAAUGCAUCUAUCCCAACGUCUCUUCAAGCUACAUUCCCAUACAUCUUUGCAGUCAGCCAGUACCUGCAGCCUGGAGCAUUUGAUCUGGUUGGUUAUGUCAUUUACGACGUGGAAGGAAAGCCAUACCAGAGUGUCUUCUACAAUGGAACCAUAGAGGUAGUUGAAUCUGGAGGUCUCCUCAGUGGCGAAUCUGUCUUCCUUAUCACACUCGGAAUCGGUCUCCUCCUCCUCCUCGGUCUGUGGGCAUACAGUCAAGUACAGCGUCUCACUAAGAAAACCAAAAAGGUGUCCAAGGUUGAAGUAGGAACCAGGUCUACCGAUGCAUCACUUGACGAAUGGCUCGAGGGAACUACUCUGGCCAAGACAUUGUCUGGGAAAUCAAAGAACAAGAAGAACUAAUUGAGCUUUUUGCUCUUUCUAGUUGUUAUAGACUCGGCUUCAGCGUUUUGAAAGAGUUUCCAAGUUUAAGUUCAGUCUUGAGGAUAUUUAGGGUUUUAAACGUUACUUUUUUUGUUCCAGCAUUGUACUCUUUAGACAAUCUUUACUUCUUGUCAUAAAUAUUCUCCUCAUGAAACAACUUAACUUAUAAUGGUUUAGAUCUGCGUUUUUUGUUGUUAA